AUGACUUUGUUGCUUUCUUAUCCUUUCCUCCUCGCAGCUAAAUAAAUCUUCAUUUCAUUUCGUCUCGACUUGUAAGGCACUCUAUAGUAUUUCCUUGGCUAUUUUUGCUUCAGCACUCUCGCGUGCUACCAUGGAUCCAACAACCAUUCAGGGAGGGGAUGAUAACCCUCCACCAUAUCAUCCAGGCAAUUGGUUCUCGGGUGGCUCCUCUCAACCUUCCUCAAGUAGCAGUCAACGUGCCAACAGCAUCCGUGAUCAGCUACAGCGGAUGAACACAGUCUCGUCGACCUUCAAGGCAAACCAGGAACCCGCUAAUCCGAUAGCCGAAGGAAUUCACAGUGAUCUGGUCAGACUGCAGGAGAUUAUUCUUGAACUCCGCCUUGGUGGAAAAGAUGGAGGGAGUGCCAAGGGCCCAGCAGCAGAAAAUGGCAUCCCACACGAAUUAGAAAAACAGAUAGAAGAGCUGUUCGACCAGGUUCGGAACAAUCUACGUCUUGCCGGGGAUGAAGAUGAACAGAUCCUCCGAGGCAACGACGUUCAUCGCCGCAAUGCUUCGGGCGAAACUGCACUUCACAUCGCGGCACGGAAGAGGCCAGUAGAUUUGUCACGGCCUGGACAAGCUGUGGAAGUGGAAAUGUAUGUGUUUUGGUAUGAAUAUGUAUGAAUGAUGGUGCCCUAAUGGCGGUGAAGAAGCUAUAUAUAUGCCUGUGCGCAGCACGUGACAAGAUUUGAAUUUAAUUCGAACAUUCCUCAAUCUUGGC